AUGAAAAUCUAAGUUUUAAUUACCUUUAUUGCUUAUUUACUAAUCUUAACUAGUGCUGAUGAUCAGAAUUGCAAUUUUACUGUUGAUCAAUUGAAUAAUAAAGUAUUAAAAACUGUUCCAGUCAAAGAUUGUACUAAUUGCUUUACAUCAGAUGUUACAUUAACUAUAUAGUCAAAUAGUUAAUAAAUCACUUCUCUAAAAUUGACAGCCGUCGAAUCUAGCAGCCCUGUAUAAAGUGUAACUCUAUAACCUGCUGGUAAAUCUUUAAUUCUUAAUACUAGUUUUAGCAUAUACUAUCCUCUUCCUAUAGGUUAUUCUUAAAGUAAUUUUAUUACCUCCUGCAAAACAAAAUAAACUAACGGAUAAAUUGUUUCUUUUGAAUUAACUUUCUCAGCUGAUAUAAAUGACCAUUACUAAAAUUUUACAUUAAAUAAUGGAUAUACUAGUGGCUUAUUACUUAAAAGCGUAGCUUCUAUCUCAAUGAUUAUUUGUUUUGUGCUAUUUUUCUGA